UUGGGAAUCACCGCAGCUGCAACAUUGUCAUUUCGUAUCUGGAGCACUUGUUCUGCCACACGGUGACUCAAACAUGGAGGCAACAAUCAACGCCAUCGAACAGGAGGCCUUGCCAGUAUCUCACCCUCAGACUCUAAAAUCCCUUAAUGAGGAGCUACGAAAGGCCUUAAUGGAGAUACGAUCCCUGCACGACCAGAACAUAGCUCUAAAGCAGCAGCUUGGACAGAAAGAAAUCAGUGAGAAGCAGUUGAAGGAGCAACUCCAAGUGAAAGAAGGUGUUUUGAAGAAGGAAACCAAAAAGAGAUUUGCUCGCACCAAGGCCCACAUGGAUACACUGGCACAGCUGGGGGAAAAGGAAACCCAACUGAGUGAAAAAAGCAAGCAGUGGCUCCAAAAGACAGAAGCUUUUGAGGCUAAAGAGAAAGUCCUCAUGGACCUCCUGCAGCAGAAGGAAGAGGAGUUGAUCCAGUUGAGGGGUCAAAGCAAAAAAUUGAAAGAGAGACACAUAACAGAGCUGGUCUGUCAAGAGAGCAGUUGGAAAGAGAAAAUGGAUACAGAGAAAAACAACCUAACCCGAUCCUGGCUGAAGAAAGAGAAUCAAUGGAGAAAGCAUGUGAGCCACACUGAUGAUGACAUCCGGUUCCUCAUGUCUGAGGUGGAGCAACUUCAGAUGGCCUCCGCUACAGCAACCUAUGGACAGAAGGAGACUUCAGACCAGAACUUUGACUACAUGUUCAAGAUCCUCAUCAUUGGCAACAGCAGUGUUGGAAAAACUUCUUUUCUGUUCCGUUAUGCUGACGACUCGUUCACCCCUGCAUUCGUCAGUACAGUGGGCAUCGACUUCAAGGUGAAGACUAUAUAUAGGAACGAUAAGAGGAUCAAGCUACAGAUCUGGGACACGGCAGGGCAGGAGCGGUACCGUACAAUCACCACUGCGUACUACCGUGGAGCCAUGGGCUUCAUCCUCAUGUAUGACAUCACAAAUGAGGAGUCCUUCAACGCUGUUCAGGACUGGUCAACUCAGAUCAAGACAUACUCAUGGGACAAUGCUCAAGUGUUGCUGGUGGGGAACAAGUGCGACAUGGAGGAUGAGCGUGUGGUCAGUGGAGACAGAGGACAUCAGCUGUCCGACCACCUGGGUGAGUUCUCUCAGAGUGUAUUUGUGUCAUCUUCUUCAUUACAAAACGAAUUCCGUCCUGUGCAGGGUUUGAGUUCUUUGAAGCCAGUGCCAAAGACAACAUCAACGUCAAGCAGACUUUUGAGCGUCUGGUGGACAUCAUCUGUGAAAAAAUGUCUGAGAGCCUGGACGCAGGAGAUCCUGCUGUCACUGGAGCCAAACAAGGCCCUCAACUGACAGAGCAGCCUGCUGCCCCUCAUCAGGACUGUGCGUGUUAAUUUGACUAGGUCUCCAAAACCUUUUAUCUCCUCUGCCUUGUUACCUCCCUUUUUGAUCUGCACAUUAUUAGUAACAAUAACUAGCUUGUAAUCUAUAUCAGAGCUGGGACUUGACAACAUCCUAGGGGUCACGUAGGAACUGCAGCAGUUCCGCAAAGCCACAGUGCGAGACAUUUUUGAAUCAAAUCACAUUCUUUUCACUCUCACAUACUUAUUUUUUCCUGAGUCAUUCACGCACGGAUCUACUUGUAGUGCUGUCCUUGUCAGGACCUCUCAUUGUCCUAAUGCUUUCCCCAGCCUCUCAACCUGAUCUUAACCAUCCAAAACAUGGCUAAUCCUAACUCGGACCCAGAACCAAACUUAUUGGAGACCAAACUACAAUUAUAAUGACGUAGUUAGUUUGAAGUUUCAAUGUCAUCACAGUGAGGUGUUCUUCCCCAAAUUGGUCCUACCACCACACGCACAUAUACACUGUAUGACCAAAAGUAUUUGCUCCUCUUCCAACAUGACUUUGCACCAAUGCACAGAGCAAAGUCCACAAAGACAUGGAUGACAGAGUCUGGUGUGGAUAAACUUGAGUCCUGGCCUGAACCCGAUAGAACACCUUUGAGGUGAAUUAGAUCGGUGACUGAGAGCCAGGCUGUCUUGACCAACAUCAGUGUGUGACCUCACCAAUGCUCUUUAGGAUGACUGGUCAAAAAUUCCUUUAAACAUACUACUCAACCUUCCCAGAAGAGUUGAAGCUGUAAUAGGUGCGAAAGGUGGACCGACAUCAUAUUGAAUCCUACAGGUUAGGAAUGGGAUGGCACUCAAGUUCAUAUUGUUAGUCAAGGCGGGUGAGCGAAUACAAUUUUUAAUAUAGUGUAUAUUUACAUAAUUUAUGUAUUAUAUUUUUUUCCUGUUUUAAUUCACAUUUACUCCACAUUAAUGUUUUACUGUUGUGGUUCAUACGCGGCCCCUGUGUGUUAAAUUAAUCCCCUUCAUGUUGUGAAGCGUUUUUUUGUUUUGUUUUUACAUAUAGUGCACAGACUUGGUUUCAUCAGAUUUAGCUUCAAUGUCAUUAAACUCUCUACAGUCCAGGUUCUUGUCAAGAAAUAAUUAAGAUUUACUGUCCUUCACCUCGUGGAUAUUAGCGAUUCAAACAUCAAUGGGUCAUCAUCAUUGGAUCUGCCUCAGCUGAUAUCAAAUAUUGAUUUUGCAGUGUUGAUACCUUCACCUGUGUGAUUUUGUUUUAGACUCCACCCCUUUAAUGCGCCUCAUUCUUGAAACAUAGAGGGAAUGACAUUUAGUACUAAUGAGCAGCCCUACAAUAAAGCAUAUUCAAUAAGUACAAUUAAACUUUCUAAUGUACGUUUGACUGCUGUGCAAUAUAGAUGAUACGUCUAUGCAUUUUCUUUGCACCUUUGUUUUUGUCUCACACAAAGAUGCUUCAUCAGGUCCUUCAAAGGGAAAAC